CAGAAUUUUCCCAGUCUGCAACAGUUUCCCCUCUUAAUGCUAUUACAAAGAUCAAACACAAACCAAACAAUUCACACUGGUUUAUCUAAUUUGAAGAAAACUCUAAUGAGUUCUGUUGUGUUUUGUUUGCAGAACAGAGUGUUCUGGCAGUCCCUGCAUGAUAGAGAGGACCUGCAAGCAGAAGGCACAGUGCUGUUUACCCUGAAGAAGCGAGUGUGUGUGCUGGAAAGCGCUGACCGUUCUAAUGGAUCGCAUGGAGCUGCAAAAAGUCAACAUCGAACCUGAUGACCAGAGCAACAGUGGCGAAAGCCUUGAAGACAACUGCACAGAGCCAGCUGAUUCGGAAAAGACUGCAAUUAGGAGUCCCUUUGCUAGUGAUGAUGCAGAAAGUCAGAAGUUCCUUACAAAUGGAUAUCUGGAUAAAAAGAAAUUGGAAGACUACAAUGAAGAAUAUCACAGCGGUAGAACUUCCUUUGGAAUGUCUUCGUUCAACCUCAGCAAUGCCAUUAUGGGCAGUGGCAUCUUAGGGCUCUCCUAUGCCAUGGCAAACACAGGAAUUAUCCUUUUCAUAGUUUUGCUGCUCAGCGUAGCAAUAUUGUCACUCUACUCAGUCCAUCUUUUACUGAAGAUAUCAAAAGAAGGAGGAUCAUUAAUAUAUGAAAAACUGGGAGCAAAGGCAUUUGGCUGGCCUGGGAAGUGUGGUGUUUUCAUUUCAGUCACAAUGCAGAAUAUUGGAGCUAUGUCAAGCUACCUUUUUAUUAUUAAAUAUGAACUUCCUGAAGUCAUCAGAGCAUUUAUGAAACUUGAGGAUAAUUCUGGAGAAUGGUACCUUAAUGGGAACUACCUUGUCAUACUUGUAACAAUUGUGGUUAUUCUUCCCCUCUCCCUUCUGAAAAGCUUAGGUUAUCUUGGUUACACGAGUGGGUUUUCGCUGACCUGUAUGGUUUUCUUUGUCAGUGUGGUGAUCUUCAAGAAAUCCCAAAUACCCUGUCCUCUUCCCAUCAUGGACCAUGGGGUUGUAAACUGGACGGCCAGCAACAGCACAGUGCCAAUGCACCUGGUCAUGUUAUCAAAUGAGUCACUCAGUUCUGGUGUGAAUUUCAUGAUGGAUAACACAGCUGGGCACUUCCCAAGCCUUGAGGAGCCAAAAGAUACCUCCUCAAGAAGCGGUGUAGAAUAUGAAGCACAUGGUGACAAUAGUGACAAAUGCCAGCCAAAAUACUUUGUGUUCAACUCACGGACUGCCUAUGCAAUACCCAUCCUGGCAUUUGCAUUCGUAUGCCACCCUGAGGUGCUACCAAUAUACAGUGAACUUAAAGAUCGCUCCCGAAAGCGGAUGCAGAAUGUCUCAAAUAUCUCCAUCACUGGCAUGCUCAUCAUGUACCUUCUGGCUGCCCUGUUUGGAUACCUUACCUUCUAUGGAGAAGUUGAAGAUGAGCUACUUCAUACAUACACUAAAGUGUACACCUUCGACAGCCUUUUGCUGUCAGUUCGCCUGGCAGUGCUGGUGGCUGUAACCCUGACCGUGCCCCUUGUCCUUUUCCCUAUCCGUUCAUCUAUCAGUGCGUUGCUGUUUCCCAAAAGACCAUUCAGCUGGAUAAGGCAUUUCCUGAUUGCAGCAGUAAUUUUGGCUUUUAAUAAUCUGCUUGUAAUUUUUGUCCCAACUAUUAAAGACAUUUUUGGAUUUAUCGGAGCCUCUUCUGCUACAAUGUUGAUUUUCAUCCUCCCUGGUGCCUUCUACCUACGAAUUGUUAAGAAGGAACCCCUGAGGUCACCCCAGAAAAUUGGGGCUCUAAUUUUCCUCAUAGUUGGCAUAAUAUUCAUGAUUGUGAGUAUGACUCUUAUUGUAAUGGACUGGAUUUACAAUCCCCCAAGUUCAAGACAUCAUUAACCUGUGAAGACAACCAAGUGCUUUUUAUAACAUAAAUAUUUGUAUUGUGCGCUCUGAAGAACAUCUAAAUGGGAUUGUUAUUCCUAGCUAGUAACUGCAGUACGUUGAAGACAGUUCCUGGUAAGGCCACAAGAACCCAAAGGAGUCUACAUCAUCCUUGUCAAUAAGGAUUGUUAUUUAUGCAUAGGAAUCUGAGCUUAACAUUUCUGGCCAGGUGAAAUGAAAAGUGUGGUGUGAAUGCUUUCCUUUUUCAAAACCAAAAUAACUUUGUACAUAGUCCUCAAAAAUAACUUGGUGUCACCCCUUUCAAAAUCUCCCAUAAUGAUAGUAACCACAGUUCCUAGAGCCUUGGAAAGGUAAUGGCCAGAAAACCAGUCAGUACCUUGUUUUCGAUCUGAAGAUCGUAGGAGUGGCUGCCCAGGUCCAAGAGAAAGGGUAUGGUUUCUGGGGGGGAUCUGGAAGGUGAUUCCUCCUGCCUGAUAGACUGACCAGCCUAUCAAAAAGACAAUGGCUUUGACAAGCCAGUGGACAAAGCUGAGUGUUAGGUUUGUUGCCCAGAUUUGUCACCCAGUUUUUGUAUAGAAUAAAGCCCUUUGACACAGAUUCUCUUCUGGGGCACGUGCUUGAAGAAGAGUAUUUUCAUUUUAUUUUUAAAGAUGCCUGUGCUGGAAGUAUCUGUCAUUCCUGCUGUAGGGGUUUUUCUGUUCUUUAAUUUUUAAUUGUUGUGUGAGCUUACAUCACUGAACAAGUUGUAUCCUCCAUAAAAACUUGUCUUCCACUCUCACAGGAAUUUAAGGAGACCACAAGGUGUGACAAAGCACCCUAUCCAGUAUUGUUCAGUACUUGUGUAUUUGAUAAAUGUUCAGUGCAGGAAACUGUAAUUUGCUAUAUAUAAAAAUAUAUGUAUUUAUGUACAUAAUUUUUUGUUCUCCUCUAGUCAUAAAAAUGUUACCCUGUGGUACAUGUUUUUUGAUUUUUUUUUAUGUGUCACUCUGUUUUCAUAGCCACACACUUAAUACUGUUUUGAAGGAAACAUAUUGAACUGGUGGGUUUGUAAAAGGUUCAUUUUUAUUCAGUGGUUGAAAUAUACUGGUAGCAGGGCCUAACAGCUACCUGUGUAAAAACACAUUCAUUUGUUUACUACUUUCGUUAUAAUAAAUUUCAAGA